AUGGCUGUCCUCGGCGUCACGAAACGCAAGUCAGACCAAAUCAGCACGACUUCCGACGAGGAGCAGCAACUAGCUCUCAGCGCAAUGAGUACUCAACUAGCUCCACGAAACGGCGAGGGCUCCCAGCGUUACAGAAGCCCCAUCAAGAAGAGACGGAUUGGUAUCACGGCCGCGCAGAAGCAAGCCCUAAUUGAGAACCUUCAGCUUGAGAUCACAGAGCGUGCUCGUCGGUUACGCUCCAACUAUAACCUUCAUGCUCAGAGCCUGCGGACGCGGAUCGAAAUGCGCGUCAAUCGCAUCCCCAUGGCGCUGCGCAAGCUCACCAUGGGCGAGCUGAUGGAAAGAUAUGAACACCAGAAGCUGAGCGCGUCAACCGGUGGCAUCAUGAAGAGUCUGAAGGACUCUACCACAUCACGGCCGGUCUUGUCGCGGUCAAUGACUGCUGCUGUUCCAUCGGUUGCGCCAGCCAAGAGGAAAAGUGACGAAAUCUCCAAAGACAAAGAAAAUGAGCUCGUUGAGCAGGCCGAUCCCUCUUCUAAGAGACACCGUGGUAACACCGUCUCGGGAAUCUCGCGGCCAGCAACGUCCCAUGCGCUGUCGCUUACCACCUCAAACAAGACUCUCACCCGUUCUGUGAUCGGGUCUCCCACCAAAGCGACUGCUUCUCGUCCUGCCAUGACCCCUGGACGGCCCACGCUUGCCCAGAGCGUCAUCGAAAAGUCAUCCAAGGCCCCUCGUCCGACUCCUCUGUCCCCACGCAAGACGGCCAACCCAAGCGUCCCGCCCAGCUCCUCAACAGCGGGCUCUACCUCAGUCAAACGGCAACGCGGGGCGACCGUUACGGCAGCCGUUGCCUCUUCCAACCCGCCAUCUUCAGCACAGCGCCCAAUAUCCCGAGCCGCAGCGGCGCCCUCGCGAACGGCGCAGCGUCGUGUUAGUGGCACGAGCGAGUCCAGUGAGAACAGCACGUCGACGGUGAUCCGGCGUAGGCCGAUCUCCGCUCCGCCUGGUUCGCAGCCGAAGCUGAUUUCGACAAAUGCAGCUGCCUCAAUUGCUCCUGCCACUUCGUCUCAAAAGGAGUCCACGGCUGGCAAGACGAGGACCGCCGUUGUUGCCGCAGUGAAAAGGGGAAAUGCUGGCGUUACUACGACGCCAUCGACCACGCCGGCCACGACGACAGCGGCGAAGAAGCCAGCUGGGGCUAAGUUGGUCGGAACGAGCAGUAGUAACCCCGGAGGUUCUUCAGCGGCGGGGAGGGUGUUGAGAAAGAGGGCUUAG